GUGAACUGCUGCACGGAAUUCAUCCACCUCAUCUCCUCCGAGGCCAACGAGAUCUGCAACAAAUCGGAGAAGAAAACCAUCUCCCCUGAGCAUGUCAUACAAGCACUAGAAAGUUUGGGGUUUGGCUCCUAUAUCAGUGAAGUAAAAGAAGUCUUACAAGAAUGCAAAACAGUAGCACUAAAGAGAAGAAAGGCCAGUUCACGCUUGGAGAACCUCGGCAUACCGGAAGAAGAGCUUCUAAGGCAGCAACAGGAAUUAUUUGCAAAA